CGGUCACACCAUCCCGGCCCACUACUAACCGCCUUUAUAGAACGAAUUAUUCCAUAUUCGGUCAUCAACACCUCUACACAAACCCUAGAGCAUACCCUUUCCGCAGGAUUAGGAUUCCCUAAAACGUUCUCGAAAUCUCAAGCAAGACCCGUCUCUUCUUUAUAUACCGAUCCGUUGCAGGAUCCCUUUUUUCUUCUCAAUCCGCUGCUUUUCUUUUUCUUUAUCUCGCGUCGUUCGUGAAUGGUGGAAAUCCUGAUCAAUCAAUUGAUGAUCUUCCCCCUCUCUUCUUCCAGAAGGGGGAUCUCUGCUUCUUCUUCUUUCUCCUUCGGAUCCUGCAAGGAAGGCUGGUACUACCGCUGCAUCGGCGUCGAUCCUUAGGCAAUCUCUCCCGUUUCUCCCUCGAUUUGUUUUAUUUUCGUUGUUAAACGCCGAUUCUUUUGUUUUUCUUCAAUUUUAUUGCUAUGCACAAAAAAUCGUCCGAGAUGUUGACAUACAAGCCGAAGAAGACUCAGGCCGGGAAGAGCGGCGGCGAGAAUCGCCGUCUGUUGGUCAGCAUCACCGUCCUCGGAAGCGCCGGUCCGAUCCGGUUCGUGGUGAACGAAGAUGAUCCGGUUGCGGCCGUGAUCGUUACGGCUUUGAAAUCCUACGCGCGUGAGGGGAGGCUUCCGGUUCUCGGAUCCGAUUUCAACAAUUUCGUACUAUAUUCCCCGAACGCAGCAACUGAAGCUCUUAAUCCAUGGGAUGGAAUUGGAUCGCUAGGUGUUCGAAACUUUGUCCUGUCAAAGAAACCACAGCAGGAGAGGGCCAAUGAGGACGGGAAACAAGCGGCGCCUAAGGCUUCAAGAAGCAUCUGGAGGACAUGGUUCAACAAGACGAUUAACCCCAAGAUUAUGUCUCAUUGAGGUACAAUAAGAACAUUCAAAGGGGAAUUGCCAACUUGUACUCUGAUUCGGCAAAGUUUUUAUUUUUGGAAUUGCCACUUGAUUUGUUGUUAUGGGAUUUGCUAUUGGUAUUAUUAUGGUUCUACAACGGAGUUCAAUGACUUGAUUUAAGAUUCAUCUGUGUUGCAUAACAUGUAUCUUUGCUAUGAAUUCCUUCAACAAAAGCUUAAAUUUGGAUCCUUAUGUUAUUCUUUUCACUCAAUUGAAGUAUAUGGUGUAUGUUGUAUUGAUAUCCCGUUAAGAAAUGAUUUGGAAGCUGAUUAUGACUUGGAGAAGUUUCUUGCUAAGAGAAG